AUGUCUGACUCGGACCCGAAGAAGUACAGGGAGGCGGCCGGUCGGGGUCCCGACCCCCAGUCCCCUCCGGCCUCGAGGACGGAGCUUCUCACCCCCUCCAAGGUGAAGGAUCGCUCUCACAACGUCACAGAGAAGGUCACCCAGGUUCUCUCUCUGGAGUCUGACGUGCUGCCAGAAUACAAACUCCAAGUGCCAGAGACAACGCGGGGGAUCUUGCUCCACUACAGCCCCUUCAAGGCCUUCUGGGACUGGAUCAUUCUCCUCCUGGUCCUCUACACAGCCGUUUUUACACCGUACUCGGCGACGUUCCUCUUGGACGAGCACAGCGGCGUGCGUCAGAGGAGCUGCGGCUACACGUGCAACCCGCUCAACGUGGCCGACCUGAUGGUGGACAUAUUGUUCAUCGUGGACAUCGUCAUCAACCUGCGCACCACCUACGUGGACCACAACGAUGAGGUGGUGACGCAGCCCGGCAAGAUCGCCAAGCACUAUAUCAAAGGGUGGUUCCCCAUUGAUCUUUUUGCAGCUAUCCCCUUUGACCUUCUCAUUUUUAGGUCCGGUUCUGAUGAGAUGGCAACCUUAACGAGUCUGCUCAAAACGGCUCGCUUGCUCCGACUGGUCCGCGUCGCGAGAAAACUGGACCGCUAUUCCGAGUACGGAGCCGCUGUUCUCUUCCUGCUAAUGUGCACUUUUGUCCUCAUCGCCCAUUGGCUCGCCUGCAUCUGGUACGCCAUCGGCUUUGUGGAGAGGCCCUACACGGAGACCGGCUGGCUGGACAACCUCGCAGAGCAACUGGGCAAGACCUACAACGACAACGACUCGAGCUCCGGCCCUUCUGUCAAAGACAAAUACGUGACGGCGCUUUACUUCACCUUGAGCAGUCUGACGAGUGUCGGGUUCGGGAAUGUCUCCCCCAACACAAACUCCGAGAAGAUCUUCUCCAUUUGUGUCAUGGUCAUCGGCUCUCUGAUGUAUGCCAGCAUAUUCGGGAACGUGUCGGCAAUCAUCCAGCGGUUGUACUCGGGGACAACUCGCUACCACACCCAGAUGCUUCGCGUCAAAGAGUUUAUACGCUUCCACCAAAUCCCCGUCAACCUACGCCAACGACUGGAGGAAUACUUCCAGCACGCGUGGUCCUACACCAACGGCAUCGAUAUGAACGCCGUGUUGAAGGGCUUCCCAGAGUCCUUGCAAGCGGACAUCUGCUUGCACUUGAACCGAUCUCUAUUGCAGACUUGCAAGGCUUUCCGCGGAGGCAGCCAGGCCUGCCUGCGGGCCUUGGCCGUGAGGUUCAGGACGGUCCACGUGCCUCCGGGCGACACCCUCAUCCAGUCCGGCGACAUCCUUGACUCGCUCUUUUUCAUCUCACGAGGUUCUGUCCAGGUCAUUAGGGAUGACGUAGCGGUUGCCAUACUAGGUAAAAACGACAUCUUUGGUGAGCUGAUCCACCUUUACGAUGAACCCGGGAAGUCCAAUUCGGAUGUGAUCACAAUCACGUACUGCGACCUGCACUGGAUUCUGAGGGAUGAUCUGCUGGAGGUUCUGGACGUGUACCCUGGGUUUGCAGACGACUUCUGGAAGAACCUGGACGUGACGUUCAACCUGAGAGACGUAGGUUUGGAAAUGGAAGAUACAGUGGCGCCAAUUUCAAGUGAGGAUUCCGGUGAAGACAGUGAUUACUGCCACAGGCCAAGACACAAAAUCCACUCUCUGGAUUGCAGAAUCAGACCAGAUGGAAUGGAUCACAAGGACGCUUACCCUCUUCAGUCCUGCCGGCAUCAUUGCUCCCCAUCCCGAGCCCUCUGGGAAGACGACUGUAGCUGCAGUUCCUUGUGUUCCCAGUCCAGCAAAGACUCGACCAAACCUCUCAGUCAGAGCGCCAAAGUUGAGCUUUACCCCUCUGCAGAAGGCAGAAGGGAGUACGUCCCCUCUGAGGUGCAGCUGCUACCCCCAAGUGGCGCGUCGGUGGGAAGGGAAGCAGUUUUGGACCGGAGUCGUCAAGUUCCGUCUUUGAAUGUGCCAGAAAUGUUCCACUACUGGAGCGAUCGACGACCUCAGCAGUUCUCCAGUCGGGCCUGGCGAUCGUCAUCGGUCCGCCACUCUUACCACCCGCCGCCAUUCACUGAGGAACGGCCGAGUGAACUCGAGUCUCGACUAGAGGUUUUGCAUUCACAGCUAAACCGGUUGGAGACCCGCAUGACAGCAGACAUCAACGUCAUCCUCCAGCUUCUUCAACGGCAGAUGGCGCCCGUCCCUCCGGCUUACAGCACCGUGUCGUCCCGGACACUCCCGACUGACUCGACGAGGCUGUACGGCGGUGGAACGCCCGUGCUGCACGCCAUGUACCACAUUGCCCCCUUGCAGAUAGACAGUCCAGCACCCAGUCCAAGUUCCACGCACUCAGACGUGAAAUUCACAGAGACGUUUCAGGAGUCGGCAUUUGGCAGCAGGCCCCGGACCGGAACUCACCUGGGCUCGAGUGUGAAACGCCCUCACCCCGCCAACCCGAGGACGUGCGCCUCCCUCCGUUGCCCGUCGCUGCCGGACAACCUGGACGCAACCUCGGGACUGUCUGAGAUCCAGAAGCACCUCUCGGACCCAGUACUUCCCGUCACUUAA